UGCACGGGAGGGAGGGGGGGGGAAUUCAGGUGUCCCAAUACUUCUGGCUGUCACUGAUAUGACGUUUUCUACACCACAUCUUUAUGUCAUGGGGUCUGAAUCCUAGUUGCAUUUGAUGGCGAAUAUAAGUAUAAACUUGGGAGAACAUCUCAUUCAUACCGAUCCAUGAGACGAGUGGAAUAAAUCGAAGUCACACUUCAAAACCCCGUGUGUGUGCGUGUGAACGCGUGUGAACACGUGUGUCUGUACUCAUCAAAAGACUAAUGCUGUUUUCUGUACUCGGGCACGCGCUCCGGAGUUGUUACGUCACAGUAGUUGGAGCGCGCGCUUCACAGGAGACCCCGGAGAACCCAGGAGGAACCCAGGAGCAGGAGAGACGAGCUCGUUUCUCUCCGAGUGCUCGCGGAGAGAACCACGGUCUCCUGCGAAGAGCUUCAUGAUGUUCAGCAUGUUCUCCUCACCGCGACUUUGGUGGAAGAAGAACAAAUAUGAAUAUAUUCCUCCUUCAGAACCUCUGCCAUCUACUGGAAGUGACACAAAAACACCAAGGGAGCCAUCCGGAACUUCGGAGAAGUUCACAGGGAAAGGGAAGGAUGAGGCAAAGAAGGUUUUCAAAUGGGAUUUCAGGAAGAAGAACCUGGUGGAUUCUCCUGCAGACAGCAACAAGAACAAGGAGAACUCAGUGGCAGCAAGCCUGGGUGUGGCACAAGAAAAGCUCUACGAGAAAACGAAUGAGUUCAGGAAAAGUGUGGAGGAUGGAAACGCAUGCAGAUCCAAGACGAUGGUGUCUGAUAGAAAGAUAAACAGCACAACGCUAACUGUCUACCCCAUCACUAAAAGUCACCUGCUCACUACUGGGUUACCAAAUUUAGGAAAAACAUGCUACUGUAACGCAAGUCUGCAGUUUCUGUUUACAGCCAACGCUUUCUGCAGGGAGCUCUCCGACAUCAUAGACAAUUAUAAUGACAGACUGGAGGUCCAGUUCAUCAGGUUUUUUGUGAUGUUGUGGAAGAUAAGGAACAACCUAGAAGGUGAAGAGGUCUGCAGUAAGGUUGAUUGCCUCCUGGGUCUGUUUAAUGCUGUUUCAGAUGCCAACCCCAUCUUCAAACUCAGAAAGGGGAAUAGUGCUCGUAAAUUCAUCUGGCAAUGUCUAAAGCAAAUAAAGACAAGUACAAAAAUGCUGGGUUGGAAAAAAAACGCAGACCCUAGAUGUCCAAUCAAGUCCAAUUUCAUAAUCAAGAUGAAGAAAGUUAUGAAAUGUUCCAGAUGUUCAUUUGAGGAGGAUCAAUUUAAGUUUUUCCAUUACAUCAUCGUGCCCCUGUUUCACAAAUCGCUGGACCUGUGCCUCUCCAAGGCCCUUAGUUUAAAGUUUCUGGACAAGUGCAAGAAGUGUGAAAACAGAACCGUCAGAUACUUUUGGACGUUCCACACUCUGCCCAGGUUUUUGAUUCUGCACCUGCAAAGGUUCAUCUCGAGCAAAAACCGUAAGCUUAUCAAGCUCGAUCAUCCAGUGAUCAUCAAAUCUCAGCUGAAUAUAAACGUUUCGGCGUUCAGCAAAAAUGGCCGCAUCAACCGUAAAUGUAUUUCCCAAUCCGCCCCUAAAACACCCAAACCCCAAAAAGGAAACAGCAAAGCUGAGGCCAGAAAGAAAACCAGGAAAGAACUGAUCGGAUCAACCUCCACUUAUCGCCUCAUCAGCAUCUUGAGCCAUAUUGGGGACCUGCCACAGAUUGGACAUUUUGUGACCGACUGUAUCAGUCCCAAUCCUCCCCAGUGGGUGAACUACAACGACGAGGACGUCACUCUGACCACGGAGGAGGACGUGUUAAAGGAGAGGUCGACUUGCGCCUCUGUGUUCCUCUAUGAGAAAGUGAGCACUGAUGAAACUAUUCUUCUGAAUGGAUAGAGUGGAGAGAUUUAAUAGGGCAAUCGACGGCUGGGGGGUGAAGAGGGAAGCUGGAGUGAUGCGUAUGAAAUAUCUUGUUUCCAUCAGUAGUUGACUGUAAUAUAAAUGUAAAGUAAAUGUAA